GGAGACAGGGAAAAGAGCAGGGGCUUCCCGUGGGAGGCAGAAGGGAUCGGCAGUUUGAUUGAUGUUCUGCGGAGGGGUUCAGGGGAUGUACGCGCUGCUGAAGGCAGCAGCGGAGAUUCUGGGGAGAGGGACGAUGGGCAGCACCUACAAGGCGGUGAUGGAGAGCGGUUUCAUCGUCACAGUGAAGCGGCUCAAGAACUCCAGAAAUCCUGGACCGGAGGAGUUCGCUAGGCAGAUGGAAGCGCUGGGGCAGCUCAAGCACCCCAACGUGGUGCCACUCAGGGCCUACUUCCAGGCCAAGGAGGAGAGGCUGCUCGUCUAUGACUACUUCCCCAAUGGCAGUCUCUUCUCCCUCAUUCAUGGAACAAGACCCGCCGGUGGAAAGCCACUUCACUGGACGUCCUGCCUGAAAAUAAUAGCAGAAGACCUAGCCACUGCACUUGUUUACCUCCACCAAGUCGCCGGCAUCGUCCAUGGCAACCUCAAAUCCUCCAACAUCCUACUCGGCCCUGAUUUUGAGUCAUGUGCCACCGACUAUGGACUGGCGGCCUUCAAGCCCGAUGGACUCGACGAAGGUUCAUCCGUCUUCUACAGGCCCCCGGAGUGCAGGGGCUCCAUGAAAAACUACACCACAAAAACUGAUGUCUACAGUUUCGGGGUCCUCCUGCUGGAACUCCUCACAGGGAAAACGCCCUUCCAGGAUAUGGUCCAGAAUCCGGGGGUGGAUAUUCCCAAGUGGGUUAGGUCAGUCCGGGAAGCUGAGACGGACUUCGGCUGCGCUUCGGAAGAUCAUGCGUCAGAAGCUGAAGGCCCCGAAGACAAACUGGUGGUCCUCCUCAACAUAGCAAUGUCGUGCGUCGGCCCGGUGCCGGAGAACCGCCCGGCCAUGAGGGACGUGCUGAAGAUGAUCCACGAGGCGAGGUCUUUCUUGACCCACGAGGUCUUUCUUGUCCCACUACUUGCAACAUGCAACGGACAUAGCAUAACAUGGCAAUCACAAGUUCACUAAGUCUCAAAGCAAGGC